AUGCACAAGUUCUUCGCAUCGGAAUGGUUCAAUUUCGAAUUCCUGCGGCUUCUAAGUAUGGCUCCAACGGGGGGCUGUGAAGCCGCCGAAGCUCUCACAGCAGUGAGUCGCAUAAAAGAUGGAAACGUAGAAUCAUGGGCUUCUGCUUGGUCCGAAUGUUCCCGUAAAGCAGAGAUGAUUGCAGAAGAAGCGCUACGUUUAGGCGACAAGCCAGCGGCUAGAGCUGCAUACCUUAGAGCUUCAAACUACGCCCGUGCAAGUCAGUAUAUGUGGAGCGAUCGGGGUAACGCACCAAGUCCACGACUUCUCCCUGUUGCGGAGAGAUACGAAAGUCUUUUCAGAAAGGGGGCGAUGUUGUUUGAUGAUACAGAGGCUCGGUUCCUGAAGAUACCGUUCGAGAAGACGAGCGAACUACCGGCAAUAUUAUAUCUACCUCACUCUGCGCACAUUCAUUCGAACAGAAGAACUCCGAUUAUUGUGAACGUCAAUGGGGGAGACUCUGUCCAAGAAGAGUUGUUUUUUCUUGCCCCAAGCGUAGGACCACGACUUGGAUACGCAAUUCUUACCUUUGAUGGACCGGGGCAAGGGAUGAGUUUGAGACGUGAUAAGCUGUUCAUGAGAUACGACUAUGAGGAGGUCAUUAAGUAUGUUCUUGACUUUCUUUUCGAAUAUUCGAAUGAACAUCCUGAACUACAGCUGGACUUGGACCGAAUCGGAAUUCUCGGUGCAUCACUUGGAGGCUACAAUGCUUUGAGAGCCGCAAUCGAUCCCAGAAUUCAUUCUUGUGUGAGUAUUGAUCCGCCAUAUGACAUGUGGGAAAUUGUAGCUUCUAAGAUGCCGCUUUGGUUUUUGAGUGGAUGGCUAUCUGGCUGGAUAUCCAACAAUUUCAUCGAUCGUGUAGUAAUGUUACUCGCGAAGGCUAAUAGUCAAUUCAGUUUUGAAAUUGGCCAUAUGAUGUGGGCAUUCGGUCAAGAUACUCCUUCUGCAGCACUUCUUUCUUUAAGAAAAUUUACGCUGUGCUCAGAAGAAGGCGAGCUGUAUCUUCAUGGCAUCCAAUGCCCUGUCCUUGUUUCGGGAGCUGGAGGAUCUCUUUAUUUUAGACCAGAGACGAGUACAGUCCGGAUUUUGAACGAAUUAACAAACGUGGAUGAUACGGAGAAAGAGAAAUGGAUCCCAGUAGAGCCUUGCGAUGGAGGGUUACAGGCAAAAAUUGGAGCCUUUGGGCUUUCCAAUAUGAAGACUUUCGCAUUUUUUGAUAAGCAUUUUAAGGUGGAAAGAGAACAAUUGGCUGUAUGA